AUGCCAAGAAAAAGAAAGCUGUUGGCUCAAUUAAGUGCUCUCCAAAGCAACUCCAGCUUCCCUCCUUUUGAUGCCUUGGAGAACCUGAAUGCUACGCCUGAUGGGGAUUCUUCUCCAAAAAGCAGCAAAUAUUUUGCGACAGAGAAAAAAAAUUCUUCCCAGCUAGAAGCAGAUUUUUUCAACCAGCCCUGUAUUAGUCUGGCCAAGUCCUUUCUGGGACAGAUUUUAGUUCGCAAACUUCCUGAUGGUAGAGAACUCUGGGGGAGGAUUGUUGAAACAGAAGCUUAUCUGGGUGGGGAAGAUGAAGCUUCCCACUCCAAAGGUGGGAAGCAAACUCAACGAAACGCGGCAAUGUUCAUGAAACCAGGAACUCUGUACGUGUAUCAGAUCUAUGGGAUUCACUUCUGCAUGAAUGUUUCCAGCCAAGGGGAAGGGGCUGCAGUCUUACUUCGCUCUUUGGAACCUCUUCAGGGUUUAGAUGCAAUGAGAGAGCUGCGCAGCGCUUCAAGGAAAGGACCCGCAAAGCUGCUGAAGGACUGGCAGCUGUGUAAUGGGCCCUCCAAGCUCUGCCAAGCAUUUGGGAUCAAUAAAGCUUUUGACCAGAGGGACCUGACUCAAGAUGCAGCCAUCUGGAUGAUACCUGGACAUGACCUACCAGGGGAGCAGGACGUGGUAGCCACAACAAGGAUUGGUAUUGGCAACAGGGGAGAGUGGGCACAGAAACCUCUCAGGUUUUAUUUACGAGGAAACAAAUUUGUGAGCGUUGUAGACAAGAAAAUGGAGACAAAGAUGGCAGAAAAGGGACAGUCUUCUUGCAGCUGAUGGGUCUUGCGUGUGUGCCAGUGACCAGGACUGGAGCUGCGCUCUUAUGACAGUCUCCAGCUAGGUCACCGCAGCAGCUAGGGCAGGCAUAGCAGCUUGAAAGUUUUUAACAAUAAA